AAAUAUUCUUACCAAGCAAUUAAUAUUUGAAAAAUAAUCAAAUGUGCAUAGACCACCCUCGCCGAUCGCUAGAGUCUGGAUCAAGCCUAAUAACAAGGAUAGUUCCUUGUUUCCAAUCCUACGAGUAUAGUAUGACAAAAGUUGCUCGCCUGUAGAAGGCGUAUCUACAGCGAAAAGCAUGUCAUGCUCCAUUUCACGAAUUCGAUACGCAUUAACUUAACUAAUCGAACGAUCCCGUUAGGAUGAGCGGGUGUCAUUUCGUCCUAAUACACGCCAAUUAACUAAGCCAAAGAUACGUAGGGUACAAACGUCGGAUGGACGUGGCUACCUUCAACUGUAAUCAAGGUUUUUCAAGGCCAUAGUUUCGUCAACGAAUGGCGAUUACCGUGCAAAAGUUGUGCAACAGUCUCUUUAGGAAUGCACAACAAACAAAAAAUAAAAAGAGAAGAAAGGCAGAAGGUCACUAUAACAGGAAAACCGGAAAGCCAAACGCUAUUGCGUCGGAAGGUCAAGCAAGAAUGGCAAUUGUAACUUUAGGUAUCAUUUUUAACUCGAGAAAGUGAUUGAGCUUCGAGCACUGGAUUUAUUUUUCUAUCUCGCUUUUACAACGUGACCAAUUCCGGACUGGCGAUCCUAAGCUCCACAUCACACGUAGGACGAUGGAGGAAUGACCUGUUUCGACCCCGACUCCAAAAUACAUUUUGAUUUUCUUAAACACGUUUCAGUUUCAGUCUUUGUUUUGAAAUCGAAUAUAAAUUUAUGUAGUGUUGAUUAACGUCAAAUUUACAAAAAGGCCAUGUCCAUAUAGAUUCGAAAGUUUUGUACGUUGUGUAACAGUUGCAUAGUUUCAAAAUGGAAGGAAAUCUUACUCAUGAAGAAGAAGCCUCACGCCAAAGGGUGCAUGAGCUGCUUCAAAAAUUUUUGGCUGGAGAGUUCAAGCUGAUUGUUGAUCUCAAUCCUGAAACUGAAUCUCAUGCCACAUCACAAAUGACAACACACCUGUUUACUGCUCUGAAAAAAUUGCCUUCAACAUUGCAACUGUGAACUCAGCCACCAAAUUUUGCUAUUUCUGGUCAAAAAUGCACAAUGCAGCAAGCAAUUUUCAUGGAAAAUGUUUCUUAAAUUUCUAAAAAAAGAUCCUAAUUUGUUAUUCUUUUGCCAGAGGCUACAAAAGUAUUUGGCAAGUUUAAGAUGAUGCAUCAAGAUGAAAUUCAUCUGGUCAACACAAUCCAUCUUCUAACGAAAGGAAUCUAUCGAAAAGCUUAGCUGGAAGCAAUAAAAUUUGAUGGCAAAGUGUUGUCAAAUGAGGCCUGUGCUAUGUCUGCCAAAACUGCCUCUUCAGCUUUACUUGUAAGUUAUGCAAUGAUUUUGGAAUGCCACUUAAUCCAGCCUGAAGAUGAAUUGCUUCCUGAUGUGAAGGAGUUCUUUCAUCAAAUUGUUUCAAAGAACGCCUAGCUUUCUACCUUUGCUUGUUGAACCCUAAAUUUUUGUUUUAAUGCAAUUAAACUUACAAGAAGAAGCUGAGACAUUCCUUCAGAAAUAUGUGGAUAUGGAGUCAAAAGGAAACAUAGAAAUAACUUCUGCACUGCAUGCUUUAAACAUAAUGAAGAUACACUUGCCAAAAGCUAGCUUAAAGCUUACCAUAUCUCUUCUGGAAAUGAUCGCCGAUAGAUUUUCAGGGGAUCCCAAGGUUCUGGAGCUUUGCCACCAUCAUAUGCACAUUCAUAGUUCCCUGAUGGAGUGUCAGUUCGACAAAGAAUGUAGUUCUGAUUUAGGAUCGUAUGGAGGCGCCGCUUCUCAUUCACAUGAACAUGAUCAUCUCAACAAGUGUCUGCGUUUGAUUGUUUACUUCCUAGAUGUGCACAUCUUUAAUGCACCGUCUCCUGACACAAGAGAAGCAUGGAAAAUUAUGACCGACACCAUACGAAGAAUUUGUUUGCAAGGAGCUGAAAAAUGUCUUCAGUGCAUUGUCGAGCUCUGGCAUAAUGAUAGAAAAAGAUGGUGGCCUUGCUUUCGCCUUCCACGCUCCGGAUUACCCCCUACUCUCGCACCUGAUGACGCAGAAUUCUUUUCGAACAAAGGUUUUGUCUGCUACAUUCUGGAAUCCAACAAUCAUCCAUUUGUCGCCGGAUUGAUGGAUCAUGGAGAGCUUCGUUUGUUGAAGUCCCUGAUCAAAGAGACGAGCCAUACCAAGCUCAAAUUGGACGAAAACAUUGAACGUCUUCUUAGAGCUAACAAACCGCUAGACCCCGUGCCUUUAAUUUCGCCGACUGAAGUACUGCAGUCGAAUUUAACUGGCAACAAAGCUAAUGGAUUCUCUUCCAAGUUUCAAUCGAUCGACUCUAAACAAAAAGCCAAGGAUUUUGCCCAAUACCUUAAAACUACAAAACCCAUUAAACCGAAAGAAGAGUACAAAUCAGCGGGCAAGAUUCACGCGAGCACUAUCGAGCUGUUAAAACUUCCGAUAGACGAGUUGCUGGCCAAACGAUACGAGAAGCGCAGAAAAUUACGUCUCCAAUCCAGAAAACGUCAGACAAACAGUUCUCCAAAUAAUGCACCAAAAGCGGGUUGUUCUCAAUCUACUGUGGAUUCUUCUUCCUUCCAGUUGGAUUUAUCGAAAUGUAAUAUUGACGGUGCAAAAGUGGGCGGUGGCAGCUCCAAGCAAAAUGAUCGGGACGGACACGAGACUCUAGCUUCCAGCGUCUGCAAAAACAUCGUGGAUAAGGCAGUCAAUGUUAACCAAAUCGUUAAAAACCUCAAAGUUUACCUUAGUAAGCCCAGUAUUUCGGAACCAUCAACAAGUGAAAAUCCUGUGGCAUGCAACACUAACAUCAAAUCGGAAGACCAAACACGCGUCACCAACAACACGCUUAUGAAAACAAGAACACUGUCCAAUAAAUGCAGCAAGGCAAAAACUUCAUCAACCAAGAUAGGGAAGGAAGAGCUUGCCACUUGUAGAUGGUGAUAACGAGGUUAAGAUAAAAAAUCCUGGAGCCAUUAACAAGAUAUUAUCGGCAAAAAACAAUCCGUCUUCUCAUAAAUCGCUGGUGACUGGAGUGGAGUACCUGAAUGUGGUAGAAGAAUCGGCUGAAGAGGUGAUUCAAAUUUCCUCGACAUCUUCGUCUACACAACGCCCCGCAAAAAAGCCAGGAAAACAAUGUUCAACAAGGCAGCAGCGUAAAUCCACCCGUCAACGUCCGCUUAAAUAAGAGAAAACCGGUUAACAACAAGUUAAACAACGAAAAUUUGAACACUAAAAUAACUUCUAUUUGAUAAUAUUAAAAAAAUCUACUUACGUUAAAGUGUGGCCUAAGAAAUUCUAAUAAACAAAAUGUACU